UCGUGAACACUCAUUAGGAUCUCAUAAACUAGAUUUAAUGCCUCGCGGGAAAGUUAGACGAGAGGUGAGGAGAGAGACGUAGUGAAAUAGAAAAACAAACCCUUGUGGCGUAGAGGACUGGGUGUUUACAGGCGCUGUAGAAGGACUUUUAAUUUGGAAAAGCGAAGCGACAAAAACACAAACGCAAGUUCUGCUGGGAAAAAAAGGAGGUCGGAGUCGAAUUGUACGAAACCGUAGUGGAAGUCUUCAACGCUCGAGGAUCUUAAUAACGCUAAUGAUCGGUUUAAAAUGGGAACUCUGAGCUUCUGAGUGUGUGAUAAGGCUGGGAACUGGCGCCGGGAGAGCGAUAGAGAAGGAGUGAUAGAAGAGGUGUGAUAGAGGAGGAGUGAUAGAGAGCAGCGAUAGAGAGCAGCUCCGUCGCCGCUGUGCGGUGGUUUCUGUGCGGUAAAGCUGCCAAACCAGUCUCGGUUAGUUGUUGAGCAUCAAAGCCUUCAGAGGACAACAAGGAAGAAGCAAGAAGCGAGGCAGGGCAGAAAGGGGUAAGAGAGUAAGCGAGACAGUGUGGUAAAGGGGAUAAGAGAGGGAGGACGGUAAGGGGGUAAGCGAGGCAGGGUGGUAAAGGGGAUAAGAGAGGGAGGACGGUAAGGGGUGUAAGCGAGGCAGGGUGGUAAAGGGGAUAAGAGAGGGAGGACGGUAAGGGGUGUAAGCGAGGCAGGGUGGUAAAGGGGAUAAGCGAGGUAGGGUGGUAAAGGGGAUAAGCAAGGCAGGGUGGUAAAGGGAGUAAACGAGGCAGGUUGGUAAAGGGGAUAAGAGAGGCAGGACAGUAAGGGGGGUAAGCGAGGCAGGGUGGUAAAGGGAGUAAGCGAGGCAGGGUGGUAAAGGGGAUAAGCGAGGCAGGACGGUAAGGAGGUAAGCGAGGCAGGGUGGGAAAGGGAGUAAGAGAGGCAGGGUGGGAAAGGGAGUAAGAGAGGCAGGGUGGUAAAGGGAGUAAGAGAGGCAGGACGGUAAGGGGGGUAAGCGAGGCAGGGUGGUAAAGAGGGUAAACAAGGCAGGGUGGUAAAGGGGGUAAGAAAGACACCUGUCUGAGUGAGUAAUGCUUCCCAUUUUCCAACGAGAAGAUGGAUGAGAAGUCCAGCUACAGUCGUGUGCUGCUCGGCGUGCUCAUGCUGCUGCUGUUCGGCGUCAUUGUGUUGCAGUACGUGUGUCCGGGCUCCGAGUGCCAGCUGCUCCACUUGGGCUCGUUCUCCGAGCUGCGUGGCAGAAGCGACGGCCGUGAUGGUGAUCCGUACGUGGCGGAAGACGGGGCUCUGGCGCGAUUCGUGCCGCGGUUCAAUUUCACUCCGCAAGACCUGGACCGCGUCGUCGACUUCAACAUCAAGGGCGACGACGUGAUCGUGUUCCUGCACAUCCAGAAGACCGGCGGCACCACGUUCGGCCGCCACCUCGUCCGCAACAUUCAGCUCGAGCGCCCGUGUGAGUGUCACGUCGGUCAGAAGAAGUGCACGUGCUUACGCCCCGGGAAGAAGGAAACAUGGCUCUUCUCGCGCUUUUCCACCGGCUGGAGCUGCGGACUGCACGCCGACUGGACCGAGCUCACCAACUGCGUCCCGUCCAAGAUGAACAACCGAGACGCUUCUCAAACCCGCAAAAACCCAAGGAAUUAUUACUACAUCACGAUCCUGCGGGAUCCGGUGUCCCGCUACCUGAGCGAGUGGCGUCACGUGCAACGUGGUGCCACAUGGAAAGCCUCACUGCAUGUGUGCGAUGGCCGGGCGCCGACUCUGGCAGAGCUUCCCAGCUGCUAUACGGGUGAUGACUGGUCAGGUUGCUCGCUCACCGAGUUCAUGGCGUGCCCCUACAACUUGGCCAACAAUCGUCAGACUCGCAUGCUGGCCGACCUGAGCCUCGUGGGCUGCUACAAUGGUUCAGUCAUGAGUGAGCAGCAGCGUGGCGCCGUGUUACUAGAAAGUGCCAAGCGCAACCUCAGACGCAUGGCUUUCUUUGGCCUGACCGAGUACCAACGCAAGACGCAGUACUUGUUUGAGCGUACCUUCCGCCUGGCCUUCAUCGCACCGUUCACACAGCUCAAUGGCACACGGGCCGCCAGCGUCGACGUGGCAUCCGAGAAACAGCAGCGCAUCCGUGAACUCAACGCCUGGGAUGUGGAGCUGUACGAGUACGCACGCGACCUCUUCCUGCAGCGCUUCCAGUACGCACGGCAGAAGGAGCGACGCCAGGCUCGCCAACGCCGCCAGCAGGAGAGGCGUAGGCUGCGCGCCAAGGUGCCACACUGGACAGGGGGGAAAGGUACUAAGCCCACUAAAACCCCACCACAAACGCGGCAGUCUCUAGCCACCAGGCUUGCUGAACCAAUACAGGAUGAGACAGGGAACAUUCUGGAAGAAGAUGCAGGAGUGGAAUCAGAAGAUCCAUGGUGGGAGGACGAUGACGAUAAUGAAACCAUAGAGGACUAUUUGGUCAAUGUGGAGCAAUGGUAAUGUGCAAAAAUGGAUGGAAUUGCUGACCUUCCUAGAUACUCCACUAGGUUGCCAAGCGAAGCAUUUUCUACUCAUUCAAACCCCAUAACACUAAUUUUAUGUUCUAGAAUAACACAUGGUUAAAGUGCAUUUGUUUUUGUCAGAUAGACACAAGUAAGUGCGGAGUGAAUGUUGCUGGUGUCUGCCCUUUUUUUUUUUUUUUUUGUUCUUUUCCACUCAAAAUCCAUGUGCACUGCAAUCCUCCCUAUGUACCAGUGUACCUUAAGGUCCUUAACUGAAUUUACGUUGUUAAAAAUGCUAUUGAAUCAAAGAGGUUUGUUUCUUUAUGGUUACUUUUUUUUUUUUUUUUUUUUUUUUUGAA